AUGAAGCGCAAAGGUGCCCUGCGUGACUGGAACGUCUCCAUUUUUCUUUUCUAUGUGGUUGCUACUGUCAGCGGUCAAAUCCGCUAUUCUGUACCAGAGGAGAUGAGGAAAGGACUCUUGGUCGGAGACAUUGCAAAAGAUUUGGGCUUGGAUGUCAGACGGUUGGUAUUUGGUCGGGCUCGACUGGUUAUAGACGAUGAUAACCAAUAUGUCGCGCUAAACCAGAACAAAGGACAUAUCGUUGUCAAUGAAAGAAUUGACAGAGAAAAAUUAUGCGCUAAGAAAUCUCCGUGCAGCUUUAGUCUAGAAAUUGUCCUAGAAGAUCCACUCGAAUUGUUUUCCAUUACAAUCGAAAUACAAGAUAUAAAUGAUCAUGCUCCCGCUUUCUCCAAAAAGGAAAUUAAUUUGGAAAUUAGCGAAUCGACGCCCGCUGGGACUGUCUUUUUGCUUGAUAGUGCAGCUGAUCCUGACGUAGGGAUAAACUCACUGCAGAGUUAUUCUUUAAAAGAAAACGAACAUUUUGUUCUCAAACAACAUACUCGAGCAGAUGGAAGUAAAUAUGCCGAAAUGGUGCUUCAGAGGGGCUUAGACCGCGAGAAACAAAGCAAGUAUACGCUCAUAUUAACGGCUGUUGAUGGUGGGGAACCGCAGAGGUCCGGAACAGUAAAGAUAAAUGUAUCUGUGUUGGAUGCAAACGACAACGCGCCCGUUUUUACACAGUCCGUAUACAAAGCCUCUGUCCUGGAAAGUGCUUUACGAGGCACAAUUAUUGCUACGGUCAGUGCGGUAGACGCUGACCAAGGUUACAAUGGUAACGUCACAUACUCUUUCACGCACCUAGAAGAGGAUUCCUCUUGUCCUUUUGAAAUAAAUUCUAACACGGGCGAGAUUAAACUCAUCAGGGAUAUCGAUUAUGAGGUUUCUCCUAAUUACGAGAUAAACCUUCAAGCAAAAGAUCCAUGGGGUGUAGCCGGAGCCAGCAAGUUAGUGAUCGAAAUAGUAGAUGUAAAUGAUAACAGUCCAGUAAUUACAAUGGCUUCAUAUUCGGGGAAGAUUUCUGAAGAUUCUCCUCCUGGCACCGUUGUGGCGUUGAUUAGUGUCCAAGAUAAAGAUUCUGGGAAAAAUGGACAGGUGCAUUUAAAUAUAGAUGACAAUCUCCCUUUCAAAAUUAAAUCUUCUCUUAGAAACUAUUAUACAUUAAUAACUGAGCAGAAUCUCGACCGAGAGAAGCUUCCCACGUACAACAUUACUCUGACUGCCACUGAUGAGGGCUUCCCAGCCUUAUCAAGCAUGAAAUCUGUCGUUUUAGAAGUUAGCGAUAUGAAUGACAACGCUCCAGUUUUUAGCCAAAGAGUUUACAGCGCACAGGUAAUGGAAAACAAUUCUCCAGGUGUCGCUCUGUUGCAGAUCCGUGCUACUGAUUCGGACCAGGGCCAGAAUGCACGUAUAUCAUAUUUUCUUGUUGACGACGAGGUGAAUGGAAAUCCGGUAUCCGCAUAUUUCUCGAUGAAUACAGAAAGUGGAGUCAUUCAGUCUCUGCGUUCACUGGACUAUGAACAAGUCAAAGAGUACAAAAUAAGAGUUAAAGCACAAGAUGGAGGCUCACCCCCACAAAGUAGUAACACCUCAGUUAUUGUGCAUGUACAGGACCAAAACGACAACCCCCCUCAGGUUCUGUACCCAGUCCAGACUGGUGGCUCUCUGGUGGCUGAAAUGGUGCCUCGUUCAGCAGAUGUGGGCUAUCUGGUGACUAAAGUGGUGGCUGUUGAUGUGGAUUCUGGACAGAACGCCUGGCUCUCCUAUAAACUGCAGAAAGCCACAGACAGGGCGCUGUUUGAAGUCGGCUUACAGAAUGGAGAAAUAAGAACUAUCCGCCAGGUCACUGAUAAAGAUGCUGUCAAACAAAGACUGACUGUUAUAGUGGAGGACAACGGGCAGCCCUCUCGUUCAGCUACAGUCACUGUCAAUGUAGCGGUGGCAGACAGCUUCCCUGAAGUGCUGUCGGAGUUCACUGAUUAUACACACGACAAGGAGUACAAUGACAACCUGACUUUUUACUUAGUCUUGGCUCUGGCUGUAGUUUCCUUCCUCUUCAUCACGUGUUUAGUGGUUAUUAUAUCAGUCAAAAUCUACAGGUGGAGACAGUCUCGCAUCCUGUAUCAUUCCAACCUCCCUGUCAUUCCAUAUUAUCCACCACGUUACUCAGACACUUUGGGGACAGGGACUCUCCCCCAUGUGUACAAUUACGAGGUGUGCAGGACGACUGACUCCAGAAAGAGUGACUGUAAGUUCGGCAGAGCUGGUAGUCAGAACGUGCUGAUAAUGGACCCCAGUUCGACAGGGACGAUGCAGCGGAUACAGAGUGAAAAGAGCAUCCUGGAUGAACCAGACUCUCCUCUAGAGGUCAGUCAAUUGCUAUAG